AAUAUCUUCUUCAUACUUCUUAAAUUAAAAGAUGACGAUUCCGUUCGAGCAAAUCAGAACCCAGAGCACCAGCAAGGUAAGCACAGAGCCAUUCCAUCCUAGGUACGUUAUGGCAAGGCUUGUUCUUUCACAUCCUUGCAAGAUGGCUGAAAUGUCUGAAGUGGAUCUGGAUGCUCUAGUGGUCCAGGUGGAGGGACUGGGCCUGGAAGAAAACAAAGUGGGCUCAGGGGCCUAUGGAAUAGUCUUCAAAGUCACAGUCAACGGAAAAAAGUGUAUUGCAAAGAAACUUCACAAUAUCUUGCUCCAAGCUGACAACUACUACCCUCAUGCCCCCACUCAGCAGAGGGAGUUCAUUGUGAGAAAAUUCCGCAAGGAGUGUUGCAUUCUGAAGAGUUUGGAUGAUCCCAACGUGGUCAGCUUUGAGGGAGUCCAUUACGGCCAUGACAAGAACGACAUCAGUCUGAUAAUGGAGAGGCUUCAUUCUGACCUGGCCGACUUUGUCAAGAAGAAUCCCAGCACAAACCUUGCCACUAGAAUCCACAUUCUUUACGAUGUAUCUAAGGGCCUUCGCUACCUUCACUCUCUGACCCCUCCCCUCAUCCACCGAGAUCUCACUGCUCCCAACAUCCUGCUCACUGAGGACCUCACUGCCAAGAUCGGAGACCUGGGCGUGUCCAGGUAUGUGGAUCCAACAGUGCCCACCAUCUUGUCCACUAAUCCGGGACACCUCAUCUACAUGUCUCCGGAAAGCCAAGUGGAGAAUCCCGUUUACACUACCAAGCUGGACAUCUUCUCUUUCGGGAAUCUCAUCAUCCACACUGUCAUCGGGGACUUGCCUAAGGUGUACAGAAUUCUUGAUAAUGAUCCUAAUGAAGCAGUGUACAAGCGUGAGGGGAAGAUGGAGCUGAUGAGACGAAACACAUCUGUCCAUGUUCAAAUGGGGGAGAACCACGCCCUUUAUCCUCUCGCUGUUCGUUGCCUCCACGACCGACCAGAGCAGAGACCAGCAGUUGAGGAAGUGAGGAGCUCACUCAGAGAGCUGGGUCACAGGCACCCCAGAAUGUCAUUCCUGGAAGCGUGCAAAGCUGGUAAUGUGGGUGUGGUUCAGGAGCUUCUGGACGGUGGGGCUGAUCCCAACCAGGCUGAUCAGAAUAACACAACUGUUGUUUGCUGGGCCAGUAAGAAUGGACAUGAUGAGGUGGUGAGGGUCCUUAUUCGAGCUGGAGCUAACGUCAACAUUCUGGACAAGUGGAGACAGUCCUCUCUCUACGCAGCCAGUUUCUGUGAUCACCAGAAGUGUGUGGAGCUCUUGCUUGAAGCUGGGGCCAUUGUUGAUGUACAAACAAAUAAUGGUUUCACUGCAUUACAUGCAGCCUGUCAAAAAGGUCAUACAAAUGUUGCAGCAACUUUAACACAAGCCCAGACCAGCGUCAACAUCCUGACCAUGCGUAACACGACUCCUCUGAUGUCUGCUGCCACUAAUGGACACUCUGCCAUUGUCCGUCACCUUCUCUCUUGAGGAGCUGACCCCAACCUCAGGAACAAUGACGGUCAAUCUGCCUACGAUCUGGCUCAUAAGAAUGGACACACUCAAGUCUGUGAAUUGUUACAGCCUAAACAGUGUAAUGUUAUGUAAUUACUUCUGUGGAAUUUUAUGUGUUCUUUAUAUCCGCUUUUGUAAGAAUUUAUGUUGAUUAUUUUGUG